AAUGUGAUAUAUAAUAAUAGUAUUUAUAAUGGCUGUGAUUGCUCCUACUUCUACUGACAAAACUAAUAUGGUUAAUGGAUUUAGUGAUUUUGAUGUAGAAGAAUUACUUUUUAAAGUUUUAGUUAUUGGAGAUUUUGGUGUUGGAAAAACAGCAAUUAUAAGAAGAUAUACAGAAGGUGUAUUCUCUCAUUAUUACAAACUUACAAUAGGAGUUGAUUUUGCUAUCAAAACAAUCUUAUGGAACAAUAAGAAAUCAAUCACUUUGCAGCUUUGGGAUAUAGCUGGUCAUGAAAGAUUUGGACACAUGACUCAAGUAUAUUAUAGAUAUGCGUAAGUAUAAAAUUAAUAAAAUUGAUAAUUUAAUUACACAAAUUAAUAUCUCUUGUAAAUAAAAAAAAAAAAAUAUGCAGAUUUAGUGCAUUGACAUGUCUGCACAAGGAGAGAUGUCUGGAAUGGUUUGGUUUAACAUUAGAAAAGUGAGUUAUAUCCCAAAUAAAAAGAAAGGGAUAUUGGAUAACAUGUACAGAUAAAAGACUACCUUAUUUAGGAACAAUCAAUUCAUAUAUUUCCAAUUAUUUUAUGCACUAUUCUUAUAAUUUCUAUUUAUAA